AUGAACUGGACGCACAAGCCUAUGUUUUUUGAGUUCCCAUAUUGGUCGAAACUCAAAUUGAGGCACAAUCUAGAUGUGAUGCAUGUUGAGAAAAAUGUAUUGGACACAUUGGUGGGCACGAUUCUAGAUAUCGAGGGCAAGACAAAGGAUACGAUCAAAGCUCGUCUUGAUUUGGAAAGAAUUGGCAUACGAAGGGGUUUAUGGAUGAAUAGGGACAGUGAUAAAGCUAGAAGGGAUCUUGCAUUCUUUUCUAUGAAACCGAACGACAAGAAAGAGUUUCUAAAGUUUGUAUCAUCUGUAAAGUUUCCCGAUGGGUAUGCUUCUAAUAUCGCACGUUGCGUGAAUGUUGACGGGGGUAAAUUUACUGGACUUAAGAGCCAUGACUACCAUGUGUUCAUGCAAUGCCUACUUCCGGUAGGUAUUCGACACCUAUUGCUGAAAGAUGUAGUCAAGCCAAUCAUGUUGUUGUCCAAAUUUUUUUCCCAACUCACGGCGACAACAUUGCGAAAGACAUACAUUAAUCAGUUGCAGCAUGACAUUGUCCAAGUCCUAUACAAGUUUGAGAUGAUAUUCCCUCCAGCUUUCUUUACAAGUAUGAUCCACGUGAUGGUUCACUUGCCAGAAGAGGCAUUGCUUGCUGGUCCUGUCAACUAUCACUGGAUGUAUCCAAUAGAAAAGCUUCUCAGAGAGCUGAAAAAAAGUGUACACAACAAGGCGAGGCCCGAAGGAUCAAUUAUAGAGGCUUGGGUUCAAUAUGAGUUGCUUACUUUCUGCGGAAUCGCACGACCCUUUGGAGAUUUUGGACGAGGAGAGUCGUUUUCUAGAAAUGACAUGGAGGUAGCGCAUUGGUUUGUACUGAACAAUUGUGAUGAGAUAAUGGCAUACUUAGAUGAGCAUGAAGAGAUGAUGAAGCGAGAACAUCCAUCACAUUUGGUUGCCCAGAAACACCGUGAAUUGUUUCCACAAUGGUUUUUGGAUUCUUUGAAAUCAUCGAAUUCCCCCACUUACAGUGAUGAGUUAUAUAACUUGGCGUUCGGCCCGAUUCGCGAUGAAUUGUUCUCGAGUUGUAAUGUUAAUGGCGUCAAAUUUUUGGGGGCUGCACGAGAUGACAAGCUGUGUUCGCAAAACAGUGGUGUCCAUGUCCCUGGUGGAGGUGAAAGUACGGACAUUGAUUUCUAUGGCAAACUCACAACUGUCGUGCAAUUGCUUUACAAAUAUCGAUACCAAGUGAUCAUGUUUAAGUGUUGA